ACAAGCAAUCGAAUCAGGGCUGCGAAUGCUGCGACCAUGGACGGCUGGGCGGCACGGCUCGAAGCCCCUGUCGCGGUGGUCACGGGAGCGUCCAGAGGGAUCGGCAGGGCCAUUGCCGUGGCUCUCGGCAAAGCAGGGUGCAAGGUGGUUGUCAACUAUGCCAAGUCAGGCAUGGAGGCAGAGGAAGUGUGCAGAGAGAUUGAGGAGUCUGGUGGCACCGCCUUCAGCUUCGCUGCCGACAUCUCCUGCGAAACCGAGGUUGAAUCCAUGAUGAGGACUGUAAUCGAUGCUUGGGGAACUCUGGACGUGCUGGUGAAUAAUGCAGGCAUUACGCGUGAUGCGCUGCUGAUGCGGAUGAAACGGACCCAGUGGCAAGAAGUGGUGGACGUAAACCUCACCGGCGUCUACCUCUGCGCCCAGGCUGCGGCGACGGUGAUGAUGAAGAGGAGGAAGGGAAGGAUCAUCAACAUCGCGUCGGUUUCCGGGAUCAUCGGCAACGUCGGGCAGGCCAACUACUGCGCCGCCAAGGCCGGGGUGAUCGGGCUAACCAAAGCCAUGGCGAGGGAGUAUGGGAGCCGGAACAUCAAUGUGAACGCCGUGGCUCCGGGCUGGGUGGCGUCUGACAUGACCGCGAAACUUGGCGACGACGUCGAACGGAAGGCGCUGGAGACCAUACCAUUAGGACGGUUUGGGAGGCCAGAAGAGGUUGCCGGCCUGGUGGAGUUCCUGGCCGUUCAUCCUGCUGCGAGCUACAUCACUGGACAGGUGCUCCCUAUUGAUGGUGGCUUAUCGAUUUGAGGGGUCGAGGGAAAAAGAAACAGAGUUACAGUCAAGUCAAGUAACGAAACAGGCAACAAUGAAAAGGGUUCUAAAGCGAGUGAUAAAGAAAUAAAGAUGUGGGCGUUGUCUUGCUUCAGUUCCCAAUUCUCAAAAAUGUAAUAUAUGUGCUUCUCUUUUUGCAUUUUAAUCGAUUUAUAUUUGUGUUUAUCCUCACUGUUAAAUUUUGCAACAUUUACGUCAUUCUGUUUUUUUUUGAUAUUUUUGUACUAUCCAAGCCUUAUUUGAAAUCCUGAUGAACAUUGAACUCAUACCAUGGGAUUAGC